AUGGCGGCCGCUAGUAAAGCCGCAAUCCCCAGCUCCUCGGCCGUCCUUUGGUCCAUCUCCACCCUGAAUAAUCCCAGUCUGCUCAAAAUGUCGUACUACUUCACCAUUCUAUCACCUACAGACACGCCUUUGUUCAACAUCGCCUUUGGUACAUCAAAGGGGGGUGGUGAUGGCAUUGCCCGCUUCCGCUUCCCGGAGACUGCGCAGUACAUGAACCAGUUCAUUAUCCACUCAAGUCUGGACAUAUUGGAAGAAGCGCAAUGGACCAAUGGUGGAAUGUACCUGAAGCAUAUCGACACCUACCCACCAGCAGCAGCCUACAUUACAGCCUUCCUCACUCCAAGUGGCGCGCGAUUCCUGCUCCUCCACCAACCCCCGAACCUCCCCUCUUCAACCAGCACAAGCAGCGGCCUUGGUUCCUCCUCACUGCUAGGCACAGCAGGAUCCACCACACGCGCCUCAUCCAGCUCUAUCGCAGCGAACCCGACCUCCCCGCAGACCGAAGAGGCCGUGCGCCAGUUCAUGAACGAGGUAUACGAGAACUAUGUCAAGACGGCGAUGAGUCCGUUCUAUAAGCAGGGAAUGGAGAUCAAGAGCCCUGUUUUCAGAACGCGGGUUACUGCUGCAGGGAAAAAAUGGCUAUAG